GGCGAAGAAAAGAAAACCCUACAGUGAUCAGUGAAGUGAAAAAAAGGAAAAAAAAACUUGACUAAAAUAAGCCCACUGGGUGGAGGGCACCCCACACCAUAAUCCAGUACCCAAACCGUACGGAAGGCUCAGCUACAGAGCCCCAUCACCACCUACGAGCACCAAUCUCGCCAAACGACAACCAGCACCAUCCACAGCAGCCGCAAUCAAGUUUUUUCCUGUGUGCGCUUAAAUUAAUAAAUAUUGACAAUAAAAAAUUAAGCGAUCGCGAAAUCUUUGGACCGCAGAUGCAGAGGAGGUAUUUGUGAUGUUGUGGCAACAAAAAGUGGAUGACUUGAGGGGGCCCAGAAAAAACAGCCAUGUCUAUCAGGAGAUGGCGGCAGAAAUGCAGAUGCAAGGAUAUGAUGUCAAUUCCUCAUCUGUCAAAAUUAAGAUUGACAAUUUGACGGCAAAAUAUAGGAAGGCCAAGGCAGGUAUGGGGACGACUGGAGGCUCACCUGCUUCUUGGCAUUUAUUUGAGCAGGUGCACCAAAUAAUUGGUGGCUUCUCCAUCAAUAACGUGGAAGAGCUGAUAGAAGAGAGUUUUGAAGAUUCGAUGUCAUCAUCCCCGACAAAUAUCUCGCCGCUUUCUCCUUCUCUUCCCCAGCUGUCGCCAUCACCGUCGUGUUCAUCACCACUGCCGUCAGGAUCGGGAGGGGCAACACUUCCCCCAUCAAUAUCAAGCGCAGCAACAUCUACCAGAUCUGGAAAACAAAAACAGAUGGAUCGAUUAGUGACGAUUUGUGAGGGUAUCCAAAGCAAUUUUUCGGAGGCUAUGGAAAAAUUCACAAAAUCGAACGAUGAAUUGGUCGAAAUAGAAAAGGCAAAGCUAGUCGCAAUGCAGGAACUGCAGAGGGAUGCAAGAAGGCUGACGGAUGGACUACUUUAUUUUUUAAAUAGAUUUUAAGGAAAUAGUAUGUAGAAAUUAGACUGAAUUAUUUUGUUUUUAUUUUUGAAGUAGAUAUUAAGGAAAUAGUAUAUAAGGUUUUGAGAAUUGCACUGAAUUAUUUUGUUUACAUUUUUGAAGUAGAUUUUAAGUAUAUAGAUUUUAAGGAAUUAGUAAGUAAGGUUUUGAGAAUUGGACUGAAUUGUUUUGUUUACAUUUUUGAAGUAGAUUUUAAGUAUAUAGAAAGUAAGAUUUUGUGAACUGAAGUGCUUGGAUUUGAAAUUGUGAUAACAUUUUGCUAGAGUACCUUUUUCCUUUUUUAAAACUAAAAGUUUUUUUUUUUACUUCGCGUCAAGAUAAAAAGACAUGA